GGCAGAGCAGGCCAUAGUAGCUUCGAAAAAACACAGAGAAACACAACAAACAGACUAAGGCCCCCACACAGCCAGAAACCGAAACAGAAAUCAAAUGAAGCAGCAGCCGAAACGCGCAUAGCCAGACUUUCCACUGCUAAAUUACACAAACCAAAUCCAACUGUUUCACGAAGAAUUCUAUGCUACUGACGUUAUUUAACCACAUGCAACGCAAAACAUAAAUUUAAACCACACGUAAAUUUGCCAUCAAACAAAUGCAACGGACCAACGCCAUUUAAGUGAUACAACAAAACGAAUAAAAGUUUAAACAACAUAAGUGCUGUGAUUUCCACUACAAAACAACAACCAAGCAACCAAGAAAUGUUAAUUUAAACUGCAUCCAGAAGUAGAAGCAGCAAGCAAUCAGCAGAAAACAAACAGCAAAUUGUGAUAAAUUAAAAGUAAUCUUAAUUAAUUAAUCGUCAAGUGAUAUAAGGCGACCCAAAAGCCGUCGGAAAAUAGCGAGCGAACGAGCGAACGACUUUCGAUUCGAUUCGACUUUCCACUUCAAGGAAGCACACCCCACAGGAAAACCCCAUGAAAAUGGAUGUCAUCCCCACGCAGAGCAUCUACGGCAGUGUUCGAGGAUCAAACAAAACUAAAGAUUGGACCAGCCACCUGUCACCCUUCGACGCCGUCGAAGCCGCCGUAGCAGUUAUGCCCAAGAAGGCCAAGACCGCCGGGGGCAGCGCCACCGCCACCACAGCCACCAGUAUUAAGCACAAGCAGCCGGCGGGCAGCGCCAGCAACCAUGUUGGCCAGAGCCAGAGCAAGAAGACGCGGCCCAGCGGCAGCUACAACAGCAACUACUACUACGCCGACGAGGAGGAGGGCGUCAGCGGCUACUACUCGAUGAACUUCGACACCAAGGCCGUGGACGAGCUGUCCCUGCGCCUGCUCGACGAACUGAGGGCGGCCAAGUCGCGGCAUCUGACCUGCACGGAAGUGUCGCUACCCUGUGAUCUCACGCCGAGCGUGGCCCGGGAAAUCAUCCGCGUGUCGGAGAAGGAGCCCUGCGGCAUCCGCGGCUGCACCAUCUACAUUGAGUUCGAGGACGAGCCCAAGAACUCGCGUCGCAUCGCCUCGAUCAAGAUCGAUCCGGACACGGUGUCCACGUUCGAAGUGUAUCUGACCCUCAGGCAGGAUCACCGCGGCUGGACGUCCCUGCUGCCGCAGUUCAUGAAGAGCCUGGCCCGCACGAUCACCAUCAGUCCGGAGUACACGAUCACCAAGAACAAGCUGUACUCCGCCGAUGGCCUGGGCGCCCGCCGCAGCUAUAGCUUCGGCAGCCACGCCCACAGCCCCAGUGCGGCCAUAGCCACGCCCACAAAUUAAGGUGAUCUGGAAGAUCUGUCGUCAGAUGUACUUGGAUAUGUCGGCGAAAAACACCACCCCUGUGAUGAUCGAGAGCAGUAGUUUGUUGCAGCUGAAGGGCAACGACGAAGCAAGUAUUCGAAGCCACCCCACCUACACCACACACACCACACAUACACACACAACACACACCUAAACACACACAACACAUUAGGGUACGCCAACCACACUCUCAUACUAAUACUAUAUAAAGGGACCGUAAGGCCCGAUUUUUGUAAUUGUGACUCUCACCACCAUUUUACUUAGAUGCGUAGUGCUAUAACAAAUAACUAGAGUUUUAAGUUGUUUCUCCUUUUUCAAAAACGCAAAAGCAAGAAAAACAAAAGGCGAGCGAGCGGAAGAAAAGUAAAGAAAAACCAACAUGAAAUUCAAAGACGGCAGCCCCACGAAUCCCAGAAUCAUAUUUCUGGGGCCUUCGCUUUGGGGCUCGCCGGUCGACAACUCAUGAAUAUGUGAUACUGUUUAAGAUGCUAAGAGUCUCUUGCCGGAUCCACCAAGUCCGGCAAGGGACGUUGAUAAAAUUACACAUUACACACAACAACAAAACACACACACACACCCCAUACAUACACAAGAAAAGAACAGAUUUUUUUAAAAAUUGUAUGCUAUAUAGUAAUAAACAACAAACAAACCAACAAACAAACAAACUUGAUCUUGGUAAAUUUAAAAUUUAACUUUAAAACUGAGAAGAGGCCUCGAAAUGUGAGAGAGGUAGAUGAACACACGCUCCAAUUUUAGUUAGACGCAGCUUGCUGCAAUAAAAAUUUUUUAAAUUAUUAAUUAAUAUUAAUUAAAACCAACAAAUUUUAGGAUUUUAACAAAUUUUUAUAUAUUAUUAAAUGUAUAGCGCGUACUACAGAAAAAAACAAAAAAAAACCAAAACAAAAGAAGAUGAAAAAAUACAAAGAAAAUCCACAACAAAAAAAUAAAAAUUAAGCAUAAAAAUCAAGCGUAAAAUUUAAGGCAAUGAAUAUCUCAGUAAAUGUGAAAGCGUAAAAAAUUUGUAAAAUUUUUUUGUCUGUGUAAAACUCCCAAUGCGAUAUAAAAACAAAACUUAAAUGUAGCAGCGAAAACAAAAUCAAGAAAUCGUCAAAUAAAAUGUGAAAAUUUAAUUAAAUGCAAUGCGAUAUAAUUUGUAAAAAUUACAAUUAACGUAACGAGGAAAACUCAAUGUUCUCACAAAUACAUAACACACCAUCCACACAUCCACACCAACAUACACACGAAAGUAUCUAUUACCAGCAAAAAGUAUCUAUCAAAGCGAAAAACUAUUUAUUAAAAAGAGAGAGAAAGAAAGAAAUAAACAAGCAAAAUACGAAAAAUACAUGUAUUAAUUUUUUAUUAUUAAAAAGCAAAAACAAAAACAUAUUGUAUUUAAUGUUAAGUUUUUUUAUUGCGUAAAACAACAAAAUAAUUGUGAGAAAUUUGUAACCAAAACAAAACAAAAAAACAAAAGCAAAAACAUUUUGUGAAAAAACCAUACCACACAUACAGAGCGAAAAACAAAGGCAAAAAAAUUACAAAAAAUAAAAGCAUAUAAUUUUUCCUGCGCUAGCGGAAAAUAAUUGUGGAAAAAAUUAAAACAAAA